AUGGCGCCUCCUUCGGCCACCAUCCCGCCUCCUACUGAUACCAAUGUCAACACGACCAGCGGAUUAAGCAAGCAGAGCUCAGCUUAUGUUAAGCUAUGGCAAGAGAGAGUGGUGCUUGAGAAAGCACACAACCACGUGCUCACCGACGUCGACGGAAAGGAGUACAUCGAUCUCAUUAGCCAGUUCGCCGUCACGAACUUUGGCCACUCACACCCCAAGAUCGUACAGGCUGUUGUGGAGCAGGUGCAAAGGCUGCCACUGGUCAACACAGCGUACAUCAACCCGCUCUACGCCCGCUUUGCCGACCGCAUCACCAAAAAGUUCGGCUUCGACUCAAUCACGACAAUGCUCUCCGGAUCUGAGGCAGUCGAGUCCGCGAUCAAGAUAGCCCGCAAGUGGGCGUACGUCAAGAAGGGUAUUCCAGCGGACGAGGCGUGGGUGUUGACGACUGACCGCUGCUACCACGGCAUCACGCUGGCUACAAUGUCGCUGUCCAACGUCAUUGCGGACAACUUCGGCAAGCACAUACCCCACGUUGGACCUUUUUCGCCGUCGACGCAAAAGCUGAUCGAGUACGGCGAGCUGGACGUUCUCCGCGAGACAUUCGAGCAAGACGGCCACCGCAUCGCUGCCUUCAUGAUCGAGCCAAUUCAAGGGCUGGCAGGGACACGCAUCCCCCCACCCGGCUACCUCCACGCCGUCCAAUCCCUCUGCCACGACCACAACAUCCUCUUCAUCUGCGACGAGGUCCAAACCGGCUUCGGCCGCACGGGAACGGAUCUCGCGUACCAAUCCGAGCCCGGCGUGCAGCCCGACCUCGUCACGCUCGGCAAGGCCGUGACGGGCGGCAUGUAUCCCAUGUCCGUCGUCAUGGGUAAGGCGCACGCCAUGGACGUGCUGGACAAGUACGAGGUCGCCAGCACCUUCGCCGCGGCGCCGCCCGCGUGCGCGGCCGCCCUCGCGGUGCUGGAUGUGCUGGAGGAGGAAGGCAUCGCGGCGCGCGCCCAGCGGUUGGGCGAGGUGUUGACGAAGACGAUUGAUGGGCUGCGCCCGCCGCAUGUGGUGGAGCAUCGCGGGAGGGGGAGGGGCUUGUUCCAGACGUUGGUGUUGGAUGAGUCGGUGCCGGGUGUGACGGCGAGGAGGGUGGCGGCGUUGGCGGCGCUGCGGGGCGUGCUGGUGGGGAAUGGGGCGGAUAGGUUGAGGUUUAGCCCGCCGUUGACGAUUCCUGAGGAGGAUUUGGUGAGGGCGGUGGGGGUGGUUGUGCAGGCCAUUAGGGAUGUGGAGGGCUUGGGGGAGUUUCCUGGGAGCGAGUUCCUCAACUGA